CCUUGGGUCAUUUGUUUUAGUCCAUCUCCUUCCCUGCUCUUCACAUUGAAAUAUACCCAAGAAGAUUUGAACAAGAUGGGAGCUUUGAACACUAAAGCUGCUCUUCUAUGGAUGGUUCUGAUUUGCUUCUGCAAUUUUAAUUCCAUAACAAUGGUAGAUGCAAGGGAUUUGGUGGUAGGAGGAGAAAAAUGGCAUUUUGGGUUCAAUUACACUGAUUGGGCUCUCAAAUCUGCUCCAUUUUAUGUUAAUGAUGUUUUGGUGUUUAAAUAUGCCCGUCCCAAUGGCAGCAUCUUCCAUGACGUUUGGAGGAUUCACCAAGUCCAGAAAUUUAAGAUGUGUAAUCUCCAAGGAGCACAGCGUCUUGCACAUGAAAACAGUGGUGUUGAUGAGGGUUUCAGAUAUAAACUGAAGGAGAAAAAGCCAUAUUAUAUUGCUUGUGGGAUUCGUGAUGGGUUUCACUGUAAUGUUGGCCUGAUGAAGUUUAGUCUCCAGCCCAUCUGACUCUUCUCAUAAUACACAACUCUAAAAUGGAUCUCAGAUCUGUGCACUUUCUUUCAGCAGAAAUUGAUGUUAACAUAGUCUUCCUCCACCGAAUAAAAUGUAGCUAGACUGGGAAAAUAGGUUUGUACGGCAGUUGUUCCAAGAGAGUGUUUACAUUAUUGAACUAGUAUUGAUGUUUUUGGCCACCAAAACUUAUCAUAUGA